CACAACCCUCCUGAGGUCUCCAGAGCCGCCACAAUGCCGCCCAAGUUCGAUCCAUCGCAAGUCGUCGAUGUCUACGUCCGAGUCACCGGCGGCGAGGUCGGCGCGGCGAGCUCACUCGCCCCCAAAAUCGGCCCACUCGGUCUCUCCCCGAAGAAAAUCGGAGAAGACAUCGCCAAAGAGACCGCCAAGGACUGGAAGGGCCUCCGAGUGACGGUGAAGCUCACGGUGCAGAACCGCCAGGCCAAGGUCUCCGUCGUGCCGUCCGCGGCGGCGCUGGUCAUCAAGGCCCUGAAGGAGCCCGAGCGCGAUCGCAAGAAGACUAAGAACAUAAAGCACACUGGCAACAUCUCUCUCGAUGAUGUGAUCGAGAUUGCCAAGGUCAUGAAGCCGAGGUCCAUGGCCAAGGAAUUGAAAGGGACUGUGAAGGAGAUUCUGGGUACUUGUGUGUCUGUUGGAUGUACUGUGGAUGGUAAAAACCCUAAGGAUUUGCAGCAGGAGAUCUCCGAUGGCGAUGUUGAGGUUCCGGAAGAUUGAGAGUUAAAACAAUUUGAGGUUAUGGUUUGUUUCUUGAAUUUGAUUUUGAUUUUAGGGUUUUUGCUGAAUUUGAGUUAUGGAGGAUUAUUGUUAAUCUUAUUGUUUUUUUAUGCUAGCUUUUUUAUGUGAUAAUGUGGAUUUUUUUAUAUGUGUUAGAUAAUGCAAGUUUGAGGUGAACUUUGUUUUUGAUUGAUUGCAUUCUUCAGUAAGAAACUCAUGAAUUUUGAUUUA